AUGUUCCGUCUCUUCAUCUCCCUCGCCCUCUUCUCCACUGUCUCUGCAGUUACCUUGGCCAUCUGUCAGAACUACUGUUCCUCUGUCAACGGUGCAGCAUCUUAUGACAACUGCUCUCCAUGGAUCAGUUUCGCCACUCAAACCAACCAGACCUGCUACAAUCUCUGUGUCCAUAACUGUGCUGCUGUCUAUGAUGGAGCCUGUAUGACUGGAAAUGGAUACCGUUGCUGUCUUAAAACCAGUCCAGCAAAGACCCAAGAAUUCAAGGUCAGUGGAUGCAACAAGCUCUACAAUAACCUUGUCUAA